GCAGCCGCAAGCUACAAAACUUUUGAUCCUAAAUUCAACAAAUUUCUGAAUCUAUCGCUUCCAAGAGUUCUCUAGCUUAAUCUCAGAUUCAAAUCGUUCCUUAGUGAUACCAUGCCGAAGAACAAGGGAAAGGGAGGAAAGAACAGGAAGAGAGGAAAGAACGAAGCGGACGACGAGAAGCGUGAGCUUAUAUUCAAAGAAGAUGGACAAGAAUACGCACAAGUUCUUCGUAUGCUUGGUAAUGGAAGAUGUGAAGCUAUGUGUAUUGAUGGAACCAAGCGUCUUUGCCAUAUCCGUGGUAAGAUGCACAAGAAGGUUUGGAUUGCUGCAGGUGACAUUGUACUUGUUGGUUUGAGGGAUUACCAAGAUGACAAAGCGGAUGUGAUUCUCAAGUAUAUGUCUGAUGAGGCUAGGCUUCUUAAGGCUUAUGGUGAGCUUCCAGAGAAUACUCGUCUUAAUGAAGGAAUUGUUGGUGAUCUUGAAGAUGAUGAUGAUAACAAUGGUGAUGACUAUGUUGAGUUUGAGGACGAAGAUAUCGAUAGGAUCUAAGGCUUUGUUUGUGUUUUUUUUUACGGCUUGUAUUUUCAAUUUGAGAGGUAUGACUUCUGUUGUUGCAAGAUACUUACUAUUUUGUAUUUUGUUCUCCAAUAUCUCUAUUGCUGGUUGGCUUUGUGUUCUUGUUGCAUAAUUUUGUUUUUCUUCAGAUUCCAUUCAAAAAAUAGUGUGUCACUGUUGCUUUAGAGCUCUUGAGUGUAGCUGAAUCGAAAUAAUUAUGCAAAUGCUGA